CAAUAUCUGUUGCUCUUCUCUCAUACGCUUGCGCAUUAGAAGUCUGGUACUAUAUUGAUGAACGAAAAAUCAGUAAGCGAAGAUCUGCGGAGAAGCUCAUAAAACGAGGGGUGUUUGGUAAAACCGGCAGCCAUGUCGGGGAAUAUGGGAAUGGAGCAGUUGAUCCCCAUCGUCAAUAAGCUACAAGAUGCCUUCACUCAACUUGGUGUGCAUAUGCAACUUGAUCUACCACAAAUUGCGGUAGUGGGAGGACAGUCUGCUGGAAAGAGUUCAGUUUUGGAAAACUUCGUCGGAAGGGAUUUUCUGCCCCGUGGUUCCGGUAUUGUAACUCGUCGUCCUUUGAUUCUACAGCUCAUACAUGGAAACGCAGAAUAUGCGGAGUUCCUCCACUGCAAGGGCAAGAAGUUCGUGGACUUCAAUGAGGUGCGAGGGGAGAUCGAGGCGGAGACGGACCGCAUCACGGGCUCCAACAAGGGCAUCUCGCCCGUGCCCAUCAACCUCCGCGUCUACUCGCCCAACGUACUUAACCUGACGCUGAUCGACUUGCCCGGGCUGACGAAGGUGCCCAUCGGCGACCAGCCGAUCGACAUCGAGGCCCAGAUCAAGGGGAUGAUCUUCCAGUUUAUCCGGCGGGAGUCCUGCCUGAUCCUCGCCGUCACCCCGGCCAACACCGAUCUGGCUAACAGCGAUGCUCUCAAACUUGCCAAAGAAGUUGACCCACAGGGUCUGCGCACGAUCGGUGUGAUCACGAAGCUGGAUCUGAUGGACGAGGGGACCGACGCCCGCGACGUGCUGGAGAACAAGCUGCUGCCGCUGCGCCGCGGGUACAUCGGCGUCGUGAACCGCUCGCAGAAGGACAUCGAUGGCCGCAAGGACAUUGCUGCCGCGCUCGCUGCUGAGAGGAAGUUCUUCCUCAGCCACCCGUCGUACCGGCACCUCGCGGACCGGCUCGGCACCCCGUACCUGCAGCGCGUGCUGAACCAGCAGCUCACCAACCACAUCCGGGACACGCUGCCCGGGCUGCGCGACAAGCUGCAGAAGCAGCUGCUCACGCUGGAGAAGGAUGUCGACCAGUACAAGCACUUCCGCCCCGACGACCCCUCCAUCAAGACCAAGGCCAUGCUGCAGAUGAUACAACAACUGCAAACCGACUUCGAGCGUACUAUUGAGGGUUCCGGCUCUGCACAAAUCAACACCAAUGAGCUGUCGGGCGGUGCCAAGAUCAACCGGCUCUUCCACGAGAGGUUCCCCUUCGAGAUCGUCAAGAUGGAGUUUGACGAGAAAGAGCUGCGGCGCGAGAUCGCAUUCGCUAUCCGGAAUAUUCACGGUAUCAGGGUGGGGUUGUUCACGCCCGACAUGGCGUUCGAGGCCAUCGUGAAGAAGCAGAUCGGGCGGCUGAAGGAGCCGUGCCUCAAGUGCGUGGACCUCGUCGUGCAGGAGCUAUCCAACGUCGUCCGCAUCUGCACCGAGAGGAUGUCGCGCUACCCGCGCCUGCGCGAGGAGACGGAGCGCAUCAUCAUGUCGCACGUGCGCUCGCGCGAGAACCAGUGCAAGGACCAGCUCGUGCUGCUCAUCGACUGCGAGCUCGCCUACAUGAACACCAACCACGAGGACUUCAUCGGAUUCGCCAAUGCUCAAAACCAAUCGGAGAACUCUGCCAAGUCGGGGCACCGCGCCCUCGGUAACCAGGUUAUCAGGAAAGGUUACAUGUGCAUACACAACCUGGGCAUCAUGAAAGGAGGUUCCCGCGAUUACUGGUUCGUCCUCACGUCGGAGAGCAUCUCGUGGUACAAGGACGAGGAGGAGCGCGAGAAGAAGUACAUGCUGCCGCUCGACGGGCUCAAGCUGCGCGACCUGGAGCAGGGCUUCAUGUCGCGCAGACACAUGUUCGCGCUCUUCAACCCCGAGGGCAGGAAUGUCUACAAGGAUUACAAGCAGCUGGAGUUGUCAUGCGAGACCCAAGACGACGUGGACUCGUGGAAAGCGUCCUUCCUGCGCGCCGGCGUCUACCCUGAAAAGACAUCCGAGGCAGCGAACGGCGAAGAGAGCUCGGAUACCGGCGGUUCCAGCAGCAUGGACCCGCAGCUCGAGCGGCAGGUGGAGACCAUCCGCAACCUGGUGGACUCGUACAUGCGCAUCGUGACCAAGACCACGCGCGACCUAGUGCCCAAGACGAUCAUGAUGAUGAUCAUCAACAACGCCAAAGAUUUCAUCAACGGGGAGCUGCUGGCGCAUUUGUACGCGUCUGGUGAUCAGUCGCAAAUGAUGGAAGAAUCGCCCGAGGAAGCACUGAAACGUGAGGAGAUGCUCCGCAUGUACCACGCGUGCAAGGAGGCGCUGCACAUCAUCGGCGACGUGUCGAUGGCGACCGUGAGCACGCCCGUGCCGCCGCCCGUCAAGAACGACUGGCUCGAGAGCCGGCUCGACUCCAACCCGCGCCUGUCGCCGCCCUCGCCCGGCGGCCCGAGACGCGCCGCGCCAGCUCAGCAAAGCUCGAUGGGACAACGUGGCGCUCCACCCCCGCCCGGCGCAGGCACAGGCCGGCCGGCGCCGCCGCUGCCGUCGCGGCCCGGCGGCGCGGCGCCGCCGCCCCCUGGCGGCCGCCCGCAACCCGGUGGAGGCCUGCCUGCCCCGCUCAUACCGACGCGGCCGGGCGCGGGCGGCGCGGCGGGCGCGGCGAACGCGGCCAUGAACCACAUGCCGCCGCACAUGCGACAGCAGUUCAACCAGGCCGUGGGCCAGGCCGUCACCAACGCCGCCAUGAACGAGCUCAGCUCCGCUUUCGCCAGAUUCAAGUAAAGCGGGCCGCGAGCCGCGCUCACGGGCGCCCCGCCGGCGCCUCUGGGCGCGGCGACCGAGCCACACUAACCCGAACGCACAACUCGUACCCGAAAGCGUGGUCGUGUCACCGCAUCGUACGACGUGUCGUGCCGAUCCCGCUCCGACAUCGCCAACACUAUUUGUAUAGAUUUGUCAGACGGGUUUUUCAAGUAUAUCGAAUAUUAGUUUCUAUACAAAUAUUUGAUACAGUAAUAACAUUACCGUGUCUCAUAUAAGACACGAGGUAGAUAAAUAAGCAUCGUUGCCGCAAAUUACCAGUGUGUCCACCCAUUUGUUACGCUUACUGGUGUUGUCCGAGAUCGAGAUUUUGUGUAGUGUGUGCGCGACACUAACAGUUAAGCUUUUGUUGUUCGUGAAAAGUUGCUUCCGGACGGUACCCGAGUGUUGCCAAUGUAUUGUACAGUACAGUGCCUGACUAACAUGACUGUUGUGCACAUAUUAACAGUUAGAUGACUAGUGAUUCGUUAUCAAUGUUACCAUUUUAUGAUAACGUCGCUAACUAAGAUUAUGCCUUCGCCCUGACCUACUAAUAAACUCCGUUAAAAUGUAAUUCACAGUAUGCCUAAGAAAACUUGCUCAAUCAGAAGUGACCAGACGAUGAGGUUUUCUGAAGAUCGCACACGAUUUCAGUUAUUUAAGAAUUCUAUGUACCGGUAUACAUUCGUAAAAGCAAUAAGAUCUUUUAAAAUUUAGUACUUAACGUGUAUGAAAUCGAACCAAAUUCGUGUUAAGUAUAAAAUUCUCAAUAUGGCAAUGGAUGAAUUCAGUAUUAAAUUUGAUGAAAUUAUUGUUGAAGAGUGCUAUUUAUGAUUAGCUGUACGGAUAUUCCGCGAUACGGAUGGCGUAUGUAAUCUUUAUUAUUAUAAAUAUUAUUGAAUAUGUAAUUACCUUUAUUUAAUGUAAUUAAUUGUAAAUGUUACAUUGUGUGGCUUAUGAUAAGUGUAUAAUGAAUUGUGUAGAUGAGCUGUACGAAGGGCCGAUGGCUGCGACAGCGCGCCCC